GAGGAGAAUGGGGACUUGGAGGUGGAUAAAUCCGACCACCGGCCAUCUAAUGAGGUCCCACAUCCAAAGUUGAAAGCUCCAAGAAUGGAACAAGGCGUGAUGGAAGAGAAAGGUGGCCACAAACAGAAAAAACGACCAAAAGACGACGAGCGACCAAUGCGUAAGGAUAUUGGCAGCAAAAAUACAAAUCCCAAGUCAAGGUCCAGAGAGGGAGAUCUGGAUGCAAGCGCUUGUCUGACUUCAAGUCGGAGAGAUGUCUACGAUAAAUUGCUAGGCACAAUUGGGAGCCUAGGCGCCACUGAAUUUGCUUUUCCAUUAGGAGAAGCGAAUAAUGAGUUAGGAGAAUUAGGUGUUUUCUUGGGAGUUGCUUCGGUUGACGAAGUAGAAGGAGAAGCUGCCGUUUCCGGGUUUGCAUUUGAUGAACCGCCUAUCCCUGUUGCCCAACUCAUCCACGAUGCUGCUGUCGAAACAGCUGAG